CUUGUGUCAUUUCGGGUGGUGACCAUGGGUCGUGAAGGUGGUGAUAAGCGCAAGAAGCAAUGGAUGAGCGGCCGUGACGGCAACCAAAAGCGUCAUAAGGGCGCCCUGGGUGCUGCAGCGAACGCUAAGGGACAUGGCGCUGUGCUGGUGACGUGCGAUAAGAUCAAGGAGCGACAGAGAGUUAGUGACGCGCUCAAUAUUCUGAACGAGGCUGCUGAUCGCUUCUUUCCAGCGGCUGAAGAGGAUAAUAAGGACGAGGAGGAGGCUGCAGCCGAUGAAGAAGGAGAUUCAGUGCAGAAGAAGCUUCAGGAAGAGAUUGCAGCGCUGCAAACGCAAGCCAAGAAGCGCCAGACUGGCAGGUUCACGGCUCUCGAUACUGGCGUCAAGGGCGCCGUGUUGAUCCAAUUCAAGGACGACAAUGUGUCCCCUACAGCGUUGCUGAGCAAGAUAUUUGAGGAGGUGGAAAGCUCGAAGGACUUUGCGUCCAGGUUCAUUCAGAGGAUGAUUCCUUUAGAGAAGGUUGGAUACUCCAGUGUGGAGGCCAUCAAGGAACUUGCUGCUCCGAUGAUUAAGGCACACCUGGAGGCGUUUAAGGCAGAGCAGAAGGCUGCUGGUAAGGACGAGGACUUUGAGUUCGCUGUCGACUUUAAACGGCGCAACUGCACCAACCUGAACAGCAUGGACGUUAUCAACGCGCUCGUGGAACUGGUUGGUGAGGAUAAGACCAAGGUGAACCUCACCACGCCCCGUUCUGUGCUGAUGGUCGAGGUCUUCCGCAACACGUGUGGCUUCAGCAUCUUGACGGAUUUCCACCGAUUCAAGAAGUACAAUGUACGGUCGAUCAUUGACCCACCUGUACCCGGCCAGCAAACAGCCAAGAAGGGUGAAAAGAACACUAAGGCUGAGAAGGAUGCAGUCAAGACUGAUUCAAAGGAGGACAACGAGAAGGAAGAGCAGGAUACCAAAACGGACAAGACGGUUGAGCGGAAGAAGGAAUAGAUUCGUUUUGAUCCGAUUAGUUUUUCGAAGCAAAUAGAUUACUUACGACUUAUGACUACUACAACUAGUAGAUUAGAAAAAAAAAUCUUUGGAUAACGAAUCAAGCCUUGUUGUGUCUUCAUAAAGCAGCUCGAAGCUGCUUCAGAAAAUGUAG